AUGAUCAUUUUAUAUUGCUUUACCUUUUUCAAAGUAUACUGCUUGGUAAAUACAUGAACUGCAAUGGACUUGGAGAUUAAAGGAGUUGCUGCUUCUCCUACAACUCAAACUCAGCCAUUCUCUGGAAGAAGGAAGCCACUACAACAAAGAUGGACCUCCAAAUCAUGUGCUAUGGAGGAUCCUUGCCUACCUGUGGUCCCACAACUUGAUCUGGGAAGCCUUGUUGACUCUGACGAUGAGGACAUAAUACCUGAAAAUUUGCCAUCACCAACAGACAAAUAUAAAGUAAAACAUCAGCAUUACAAAACUGAAAUGAAAGGGGGAUACAAACAACACAGUCAGAGAAAUGCAGAAAAGGCAAAGUCAAGUAUCACACAUCAACAGACUCCAAGAAACAAGACAGAUGACAAGUGUGUACAAGGUGCAGAAACCAUCACAGAUGAUCUGACAACUCUGGACAGGAAAGCCCUCCUGCAGCGGGGUUAUGCAGACAACCCUCACAUCCUCCAACGGAGUACAGGAAAAUCUGAUGCUGAAUGUGUGGCUGCAGAGAAGAAGAAACAGAUGGUUGCAGAGCAAGUGAUGAUAGACCACUUAUCCAGGGCUGUAAUUAGUGAUCCAGAGCAAAAUUUAACCUCUGAGAAGCAAGAAAUUGCUCAUAUCCUUCCAGAUUCAAAGCUGGCACCUAUUCGAUUCAGGAGAAGAACACUACAUGAAACGAAGGUAAGAACCCAGUCUACAUUAACUGAAAAUAUCCUUUCUCAUAAAGUGCAGUUUGAUGGUAGGAUCAUAUCAAGAAAUGGACGUGAUGCUUGCAGAGAGCUGGUCGGAUUCUUUUUCACUCAUGACCAGUCCCUUACAAUUUAUGAGUAUCGGCAAUUUGGGAAAAACAGAACAAAUGUGCUUCCUUUUAUUCAAAAAAACAUUUAUUGUCAUCAGCGUGGACGAAGAAAAGGAAAGCAGUACCGACUUGGUGAUCUUUAUAUUGGCGCAAACUUGACGUUUUUGAGCUCUGAUCAUCCCAGACUUCCAGAAAGUGUAAAAGAAAACACAGUGCUUACACUUCGAAUCACAGAUGUUGACUGGAGAGCUUUGGAUUCUCUCAAAACUGAUUCUGUGGAACAUGAUGAUGUAACCAAUGAAGAAGCUAAUGAUAGGAUGAUUUUCAAGGCCAUUCAAGACAUGCUGAGAGAACAACUACAUAAAAGAGGUGUUCGUAUUUUGACUGGAUUGGGAAAAUACCUUCAACAACUGGACAAAGAAGGAAAUGGACUUUUAGAUAAGGCAGAUUUUAAGCAAGCUCUAAAAUUAUUUCGCUUAGAAGUGUCUGAAAACGAUUUUGAGUCUUUGUGGCUAAUUCUAAACAGCAGUGGCAACGGCAAUGGCAGGGCUGAUUACGGAGAAUUCAAACGUGCCAUAAUCGGUGAAAUGAAUGAAUAUAGGAAAUCAUUUGUUCGAAAGGCCUUUAUGAAACUGGAUUUUAACAAAACAGGCAGUGUGUCUAUUAUAGACAUAAGCAAAUGUUAUUGUGCAAAGAAGCAUGCUCAAGUAAUUUCAGGACACUCCACAGAGGAAGAAAUCAAAUCAUCUUUUCUAGAGACAUUAAAAGAUGCCUGCAGCAAGUCUGAUGAGGUGUCAUAUGGUGAAUUUGAAGAUUACUAUGAAGGUCUAAGUAUAGGGAUAGUAGAUGAUGAAGAUUUUGUUAAUAUCAUAUGUACUCCAUGGGGGAUUUAGUUGUUUUUUUUUUUUAAUGAACAUGUCACCAGCACUAAGUGUGGAGAGAUGAAUGUGAAGUAUC